CCAUCUCUAUUUUCUUCCUUUUACAACUCCAACCAACUCUCUCUCUUUAACUAGCUCUAUUUUCCAAUACAGUAUAUAUAUAUACACAAGUAAAUGAUAACUGAGAGAUAACACAAAGCCAUAAAACAGAAGAGAAAAAAAUGCCUCCAAGUUCUCCAGAUUCAUCUGUAUUACUCCAAAGAAUUAGUACUUCAAACACUUCUCCGGAAUUUGCAUACAAACAUCAGUCUCAGUCACAUCAGCAACAACAACACCACCAGAGACGCAUGCCGAUACCGUGUUCAACGGAAGUACCUGAUUCUGUUGCACGGUACCAUACGCAUCCUGUGGGUCCCAACCAGUGUUGCUCAGCUGUGAUCCAGCGGAUCACAGCCCCGGUUUCCACAGUAUGGUCUGUGGUUCGUCGUUUCGACAAUCCACAGGCCUACAAACACUUCGUGAAGAGUUGUCACGUCAUCGUAGGGGACGGUGACGUGGGAACUCUUCGCGAGGUCCGAGUGAUCUCGGGCCUCCCUGCUGCAAGCAGCACGGAACGGCUCGAGAUCCUGGAUGACGAGCGCCACGUCAUUAGCUUCAGUGUUAUUGGUGGGGACCACAGGUUAGCGAAUUAUCGAUCAGUUACAACGCUACAUCAGGAACAGGAUUCAGGGUUGGGGACAACUACUGUCGUGGAAUCAUACGUUGUUGAUGUUCCACCUGGUAACACUAGAGAAGAAACGUGUGUUUUUGUUGAUACUAUUGUGAAAUGCAACCUACAAUCGUUGUCUCAGAUCGCACAGAAUUUGAGCAGACGAAAAUCUUCGUGAAUUUGAAUAUAUUGACAGAAAUCUCUUGUGUUGAGGAAUUAAUUAAGACAACUGAUCGAUGAUGCUUGUGAUGAUGAUAUCAUAUGUGUUUAUCUCCUUGUCAUGAUCACUUGUUGAAGAUAAGUUCUUGAUCAAUUAAUCUUGUAUUGCGGAAUUAAUUUCAUUCUCUUUUUCUCUAUUUUUUUUGGUUGGUUUCACUGCACUGAUGUGUUUUAACUUGUUUCUGAAUUUGUCCAAAAAAAAAAAAAAAAAAAGGAUUGAGAGGACAAUAAUCUGACGUAUGUAUAUACUCUAAAUUUUCUCAA